AAAUUAAUAAAAUAAAUGUUAUACUUACAGUGAAACGGGUCUGUUAUGUUGUUGCCUGGUUACUUUGUUUAUCUUAAAUUUCCGUUAUUUUGUUGCUUGCGCAAACACUCGAGAAAAGGUCACGCGCUGUGUUUUCCAGACCAAGACGAUCGUCGUAACUGCGCCAUCUUUCGGUGAUUUAGGCAACAUGUGGGCAUUAAUUGAAUGGAAAGAACUGGAAGCAUCUCUUGACAUUGUCAAGCGAAAAGACAUUCUUCAAAGCGGUGUAGUUCAUGAGGGGGAUGUCGUUGAUGUUAAAUAUGAAGAUGAAAGCUCUCCAGCAAUUGUUCUCAAGCUGAGUGAAAAUAAGGACAAGCUACUGAAAUGUUUACAUCAGAUAGAGUUAGAGAGGAAGCAGAAAGAGGAGUGCAAGCUGCCUGAAAAGAGAGCUGUUAAAAGGAAGCAAAUAUUUAGUCCAGAAAAUAGUCCAACAUCAAGUCCAGAAAAGAGACCUAAAAAAGUGGGAAAAUCACAAAAAGACACACUGUUGUUUAAUAAAAUACAGGAAAAAAACAAUGAAAACAACACAAUAAAUGAUAUGAGAAGGGAGAUCAAGGUCCUCAGAACAGAGAAUCAGGAGCUAAAGGCCCUGAACUUUAAACUACAAAAAGAGAUUAUUAACAGAUUUGAAGAGGUGCUACCUAAAAGCAGUGUAAACAAGCACGCUGCACCAACCAGCAACAUAACAGUUGCGGCUUGUACUGCCCUUCAACCAACCAAUUCCGAUCUCAGAUCUUCUGAACAGGAACAUGUCGAAAUCCACAAAAAAUUAAACAUCAUGAAAGAGACGUUCCAAGCAUGUGGAAGAGGAGGCACAUCAUGGUCAGCCAUGGUUAAAGAUUUAGCUGUGGCUGUUUUUGGAAGAGGCACACUGGCUACACACAGCCUAUCUGGAAAAAUUGGAAAUGCCAAUAAAGAUUCACAAGCCAAGCCUCCAUUAGACCCAGUAAAAGUCGAGCUUGUUUUAGACACUGUUCAGAAGAAAUUUCCAGAAACUCCACGGAAGUUUCUUAGGGCUUCUUUACGAGAAAAAAUGAACGAUGAACACAAACUCGCAACAAAAAAGGGACUGUGUUACAAUGCAAUACUGAGAGAGUGCAGUGUUGUUUUUGCUGUGAUGGUUACAAGUUCUGCUCAGAAUGUUCAUCUUUAUAUUUUGUUAUUUUCCAGACCCUUGUGUGUUAAUAAAUACUAAUCAGUUACAUUUUA